AUGGAUAUAUCACAUCCUAACAGUUUUCUGCAGCAGGAAGAGUAUCGGUUAACCACGUUCAGCGAACAUGAGAUAUCUCCCAUCGAUACCACUAUAGUAUACAGGGACAUGCCGUUUGUCGGCUACGAUUGUCUGAGAUACGAAGAAAAGCGAUUAGGAACCUUCAUCGACUGGCCUCAUGAAUGGCUGAAACCGUCAGAAUUGGCGGCCGACGGAUUUUAUUAUCUCAGGAAAGAUGAUCACUGUGCGUGUAUCUUCUGCAGAGGGAUAGUUGGAACCUGGGAAAAAACUGACACGCCAAGAGGAGAACAUCAACGCCAUUUUCCCCAAUGUCCCUUUAUUAGGGGUCAGCCAACUGGAAAUGUUCCCAUUGUUCAAGGCAAUAUCUUAGCCAGGUUACCGGUACUACAUCCGAGUCUGGACGAUUGCGGAUCAAGACGUACUAUGGCCGGAUCGUAUCCCGAAUGCAGAGGAUCUCCGGAUGAAACUGGUCUCUACCAGCAUUCUAGACCGAAACGAAGUGAUUUCACGACACUAGAUAGCCGAUUGAAGAGCUAUGUCGAAGGAUGGCCCAUCCUCGGUCUGCAUGCACAAGAUCUUGCCGAAGCUGGAUUUUUCUACUGUGGUCUGAGUGAUCAUGUUCGCUGUUUCCACUGCGGUAAGGGUCUUCGCAAUUGGAUAUCUAGCGACAUACCUUGGAAGGAACACGCUAGAUGGUAUCCUAAAUGCAGAUUUGUCUUAUUGAAGAAAGGCCAGGACUAUAUCAAUGAAGCUGCUUCCGGUAGCAGUAAUAAUCCAACGGAGGUGCAAUCCGUAUCCGAACAAGAAUUGGAUCUGUUGAUGAGUUUGGAUGUCGUCAAGUGUGUACUGGAAAUGGGAUAUCCUAGUUGUAUAGUCAGGGCCUGCCUUAAAGAUCGGGUUGAACAAACCGGCGAACCGUAUUUCGUUAUAGAGCCUUGCCUUGAAGAUGUUAUACAGAGAAUGAGCGUAACAGAGAAUCGGGUCGCAGAUAAUCGUUCUGAGAGUACAGAGCGUGAGCCGUCAUAUGCAACAGGCUUCUAUAUUUCCAUCUACAUCCGAAAUAAUACGACAGCAGGCUUCUAUAUUCCCUAUUGCACCUCUGACUACAACGUUAUCAUCAUCAUUUGA